CAAGCUUUAUCGCCAUAUCAACUGGAUACAGUUUAUUUUUUUUCAUUCUUUGUUGCCAUAAUGGCAACUCGAGGAUCUCUCACCUACUUAUGCUCAAGAUGGCCAUUGUUUUAUGGAUUGCGACGGCAAAUAGGACUGCUUAUGUUUCUGCUUCAUGUGGUUAACAUGGUAGGUGGCCAGAUUCGUUAUUCUAUACCAGAGGAGAUGAAGAAAGGCUCUGUUAUUGGUAAUGUAGCGCAAGACCUUGGUUUGGAUUUGAAAAGGCUCCGUUCUGGGCGGGCCCGUAUCGUGACCGGAGAAAACAUUCACUACACCGAGCUGAAGACAGACAAAGGGAUUCUAGUCGUGAAUGAGAGAAUAGACCGAGAGCAGCUUUGUGGAGACGUAACGCCGUGUAGCUUCAGCUUUGAGGUGAUUUUAGAAAACCCGAUGGAACUGCACAGAAUAACUGUCGAGGUUUUGGAUAUAAAUGAUCAUGCUCCCGUCUUCCCAAAUAAAGAAAAAACUAUCAGCCUCGAUAUCGGCGAAUCAGCUGCAGUUGGAGUGCAGUUUCCACUGCAGAGUGCAGAUGAUCUUGAUGUGGGGCAAAACGCGUUACAAGAUUAUAUUUUAUCACCAAACGACAAUUUCAUUUUGAAGCAACAUGCAAAUCCAGAUGGAGGUAAAUAUGUUGAAAUGGUUCUCCAGAGGUCUUUAGACAGAGAACAACAUCCCCAUCUGUCCUUAAAACUAAUCGCAGUUGACGGAGGAACACCACAGAGAUCUGGUACAGUAAAUAUAGAUAUCACUGUGUUAGAUGCCAACGACAAUGUUCCCGUUUUUAACCAAUCGGUGUAUAAAGCAUCUGUGAUGGAAAACACAACGAAAGGCACGAGCAUCAUUACAGUAAAUGCUACAGACGCCGACAGUGGUUCAAAUGGUCUCAUUACUUACAGUUUGUCUAAAACGAAAGGAAGUGCAGGAAAUAUAUUCACUAUUGAUGAAAACACCGGCACAGUUUCUGUGUCAGGUCAGAUAGAUUAUGAAAAAGACAGAAAAUAUGAGGUGAGAGUCGAGGCAAAGGAUCAGGGUGGCCUAACUGGGACCAGUAAAAUUAUAUUAGAUGUUGUUGAUGUCAACGACAAUGCACCAGUUAUAAAUAUUAUGUCAUUUUCUAGCCCCGUAUCGGAGGAUGCUCUUCCUGGUACAACUGUUGCUAUUUUAAACAUAAAAGAUGCAGAUUCUGACAAAAAUGGGCAAAUAAAAUGUUCUAUAGAUGGCAAACUCCCCUUUAAGAUCGAGUCAUCUCUAACAAACUAUUACAAUUUGAUCUCAGAUCAACAUUUUGAUAGAGAAUCCGUCUCAGAAUAUAAUAUAACAAUAAUAGCCACUGAUUUGGGGUCUCCACCUCUUUCCAGCUCUACAAAAUUGCAUCUUAAAAUAUCUGACGUAAACGACAACGCACCAUUAUUUGACAAAAACGGCUAUUCUGCUUACAUCACAGAGAAUAAUUCCCCUGGAAUUUCCAUAUUUGCUGUCAGCGCGCGGGACUCUGAUUGGAAUCAAAACGCCAGAAUCUCGUAUCUUUUAGAGGAUACCCAAGUCAGUGGUAGUCCAGUUUCUACUUAUGUUUCCUUAAACUCUGAAACUGGAGUUCUUACCGCGGUUCGUUCUUUUGAUUAUGAGCAAAUUAAACAGCUUCAGAUAGUAGUCAAAGCGCAGGAUGGAGGCUCUCCUCCACUCAGUAGCAAUGUGACUGUGAAAAUACUGAUCCAGGACCAGAACGACAACCCUCCUCAGGUUCUGUACCCAGUCCAGACUGGAGGCUCUCUGGUGGCUGAAAUGGUGCCUCGUUCAGCAGAUGUGGGCUAUCUGGUCACUAAAGUGGUGGCUGUUGAUGUGGACUCUGGACAGAAUGCCUGGCUCUCCUAUAAACUGCAGAAAGCCACAGACAGGGCGCUGUUUGAAGUGGGCUUACAGAAUGGAGAAAUAAGAACUAUCCGCCAAGUCACUGAUAAAGAUGCUGUGAAACAAAGACUGACUGUUAUAGUGGAGGACAACGGUCAGCCCUCUCGUUCAGCUACAGUCAUUGUUAACAUGGCGGUGGCGGACAGCUUCCCUGAAGUGCUGUCUGAGUUCACUGACUUUACACACGACAAGGAGUACAAUGACAACCUGACUUUUUACUUAGUGUUGUCUUUGGCUGUAGUUUCCUUCCUCUUCAUCACGUGUUUAGUGGUUAUUAUAUCAGUGAAAAUCUACAGAUGGAGACAGUCUCGCAUCCUGUAUCACUCCAAUCUCCCUGUGAUUCCAUAUUAUCCACCACGUUACUCAGACACUUUGGGGACAGGGACUCUCCAACACGUGUACAAUUACGAGGUGUGCAGGACGACUGACUCCAGAAAGAGUGACUGUAAGUUCGACAGAGCUGGUAGUCAGAACGUGCUGAUAAUGGACCCCAGGUCUACAGGGACGAUGCAGCGGAUACAGAGUGAAAAGAACAUCCUGGAUGAACCCGACUCUCCUCUAGAGCUGAGCUCAGUGACUGGACAGGCUCGGUAUUCCGUACCAGAGGAACAGGCAGAAGGGUCUUUUGUUGGAAACAUUGCUAGAGAUUUAGGAUUGGAUGUGGCGAGGCUCAUAUCAGGUACAACUAUAGCUGUCAUCAACGUUGAUGACGAAGACUCUGAGCGUAACGGUGUUGUCAAAUGCUCCAUUAACUCUGACAUUCCUUUCAAAAUCGAGUCUUCAUUAACAGGAUAUUAUACUAUAGUCACCGAAGACGUCUUAGACAGAGAAAGUAUUUCUGAGUAUAACAUCACCAUAACCGUCUCUGACCAAGGCUCUCCGCCUCUGACUAGCAGUAAAAACAUCAAUGUAAAAGUGUCUGACGUUAAUGACAGCCCACCCAAAUUUGACCAAUCAGAAUAUAGUAAGACUGUACCAGAGAACAACUCUCCUGGAUUAUCUGUAUUUACUAUCAGUGCUAAAGAUGCAGACUGGGGCCAAAACGCUCGGGUUUCUUAUUUUCUGGAAGAGAAAGAGAUUAAUGGGGUAGCAGUGUCUUCGUUAGUGUCAGUAAAUUCAGAAAAUGGUGUCAUUCAUGCAGUGAGGUCGUUUGAUUAUGAGCAAAUCAAGUGGUUUGAAUUUAACAUAACUGCUCGUGAUGCUGGAUCCCCUCCUCUGAGUUCAGUGGCUACAGUUAAAAUACUGAUCCAGGACCAGAACGACAACCCUCCUCAGGUUCUGUACCCAGUCCAGACUGGAGGCUCUCUGGUGGCUGAAAUGGUGCCUCGUUCAGCAGAUGUGGGCUAUCUGGUCACUAAAGUGGUGGCUGUUGAUGUGGACUCUGGACAGAAUGCCUGGCUCUCCUAUAAACUACAGAAAGCCACAGACAGGGCGCUGUUUGAAGUGGGGUCACAGAAUGGAGAAAUAAGAACUAUCCGCCAAGUCACUGAUAAAGAUGCUGUGAAACAAAGACUGACUGUUAUAGUGGAGGACAACGGGCAGCCCUCUCGUUCAGCUACAGUCAUUGUUAACGUGGCGGUGGCGGACAGCUUCCCUGAAGUGCUGUCUGAGUUCACUGACUUUACACACGACAAGGAGUACAAUGACAACCUGACUUUUUACUUAGUGUUGGCUUUGGCUGUAGUUUCCUUCCUCUUCAUCACGUGUUUAGUGGUUAUUAUAUCAGUGAAAAUCUACAGAUGGAGACAGUCUCGCAUCCUGUAUCACUCCAAUCUCCCUGUGAUUCCAUAUUAUCCACCACGUUACUCAGACACUUUGGGGACAGGGACUCUCCAACACGUGUACAAUUACGAGGUGUGCAGGACGACUGACUCCAGAAAGAGUGACUGUAAGUUCGGCAGAGCUGGUAGUCAGAACGUGCUGAUAAUGGACUCCAGUUCUACAGGGACGAUGCAGCGGAUACAGAGUGAAAAGAGCAUCCUGGAUGAACCAGACUCUCCUCUAGAGCACCACAGUGUGGACAGCUCUUUUUUAUCUGAAAGUGCUUUCUGGCUUAAAAACUUUCCACCUUCCUCAUAA